AUGCCUACUUGGUGGGUGAGGAAGUCCAGCAAGAACAAAGACGAUUCCCACCUCCUCCAAACCCAAACUCGCUCCGUUUCCGAUAAGUCUAUCAGAAGAAUCUCCGCCGAUAACAGCAAAUCCACCCCCGAUCCGGUCACUCCUUCCCGAUGCACCCCUCGCUGCAGCCGCGAAUUCGCCGGAGCCUCCGGUUUCUCCGACGAGAAGAAAUGUCAUCCUCUCCCUCUCCCGUCGCUCUCUAACGAUCAGGUGAACGGAUCGGUUUCCGGAUCGGGCUCUGUUUCAAGCGUCAGCUCGUCUGGAUCGGGUGAAGAUCAGAGUCAACCCACUGCUCCUAGGAAGUCUAACGCAGCAGCGGCUUCUCCGAAGGCGGGAGCUAGACCGGCCUCUCCGCUGCAUAACAGAUUCUCUGGGAUGACGUUAGAGUCUUCUUCCACGGGGAGGAACGAUGAAGGGAGGUCUUCGGAGUACCAUCCUUUGCCUCUGCCGCCGGGAUCUCCUACGAGCCCCGCCGUUGUGCUUCCGUGUUCUCCUACGAGCCCUUCUUCGGGUGUGCAGGGAGGGUCUUGGGGUGUGGGAGGGUCGGAGAAGGAGAUUUCCAAGUGGAAGAAAGGGAGGUUUAUUGGGAGUGGUACCUUUGGGAAAGUCUAUCAAGGCUUUAACAGUGAGGAAGGAAGGAUUUGUGCUAUUAAAGAGGUCAAGGUCAUUUCUGACGACAAAAACUCAAAGGAAUGUCUGAAGCAACUAAAUCAGGAGAUUAAUGUGCUGAGCCAGCUUUGUCAUCCGAAUAUUGUUCAGUAUUACGGAAGUGAACUGAGUGAAGAAACCUUGUCCGUCUACUUGGAGUUUGUGUCAGGUGGCUCAAUCCAUAAACUUCUCACGGAGUAUGGUGCUUUCACUGAACCUGUUAUCCAAAACUACACACGACAGAUUCUCUCUGGGCUUGCCUAUUUACAUGGAAGAAAUACAGUGCAUAGGGACAUCAAAGGAGCAAAUAUAUUAGUGGAUCCGAAUGGGGAAAUCAAGUUGGCAGAUUUUGGGAUGGCCAAACAUGUAACAGCCUAUUCUACUAUGCUUUCUUUCACGGGGAGUCCUUAUUGGAUGGCACCCGAGGUUGUGAUGCACAAAAAUGGCUACACUCUUGCAGUCGAUGUGUGGAGUGUGGGUUGUACUAUUCUCGAAAUGGCAACAGCAAAGCCACCUUGGAGCCAGUUUGAAGGGGUUGCUGCAAUUUUCAAAAUCGGGAACAGCAAAGACAUGCCAGAAAUACCUGAUCACCUUUCAAAUGAUGCAAAGAAUUUUAUAAGACUUUGUCUGCAACGGAAUCCAACAGUACGCCCUACAGCUGCUCAGCUUUUAGAACACCCUUUUCUACGUGUACAUUCACCAAGAGUGGCUAGUACUAGCAUGCACAAAGAUGUCCCCCCACGCCCCUAUGAUGGAAGCUCCUCAAUGCCUACAAGGGAACCACCUUUUUCAGGGAGACAUCCUGUCUUUCAUCCUAUAAAGAGCCCGAGUAGAGAAAACGUGAGAGCCAUCACAUCCUUGCCAGUAUCUCCAUGUUCAAGCCCUUUACGGCAACUUGGACCUGCAUACAAAAGUUGUUUCCUGUCACCUCCUCAUCCGUCUUAUGCAUUUCCCGUGCAAGAAAGUGGGUACAACCACCAAGCGGAGUUUGCUGCAAGUCCUUUUAGGUUCAAGAAAGACACAUCAUUGAUAGAACCAUCUAGUUACAGAGCCCAGGCGCCCAGUUCACCCUUCAGAUCAAGACUGGUGUAGCAAAAAUUAAAGUGAAGAUUGAGAGAUUUUGAGAGAGCCGCAUCCCAAAGAGUUGGCCCCAGGACCAUGUAUAUACAUGGUGUCUCUCCUCUUGACACUGGAACAAGAACAGGAAGGGUUAAGUGUAAACUGGGGCAAAAAAAAAAAAGAUGUAAAAAGUAACAUGAAAAUGAAUACAAAGAUUAUAGAAGUGAGGAUUAAAGAUAGUAAGUUGUGUUGUUAUACAAAGAUGAUUAUUCAGUCUUGUGUUCUCAAAAACAA